UCAGCAUCAUCAGCAUUAUCACAGAGUCUAAUCUCCAUCUCAACCCUCAGUUUCCUGCUCACAUCCACAACUCAAUCUCCCAACCAACCAACCAACCAACCAAUCAACCAAUCAACAAUCAAUCACAAUGGCCAUCCUCGCGAAGACUUCUUCCCUGGCUUGCUUCCUCAUUGCCUGCCUCUUCUUCUCGUCUCUCAUCCAGGCACUUCCCGUCCCUGGCUCCAAGGCUCCAGCGGGGGUAACCUCCUUGGCUGCACGCUCACCGCGCGAAAUCCCCUCCGACAGCGAUGACAACGGCAUCCUGAACGGCCUCCUCGAGGCCCUGGGCCUGCCCAAUCUCACCAAGCUCAACCACUGGAAAGACCUCAACGAGCCAAAAGGCUCCCACUCGGACCCGGACACCGACACCGACACCGACACCGAUCCUGAUACCGAGACCGAUCCCGAGACCGACGCAGAGGCAGACCAAGACCCUGAAGAAGAAGAGUCGCCUGCCGAGGAAGACACCGAGGAAGACACCGAGGAAGACUCCUCCCCAUUCACCGAUUUCUCCGCCGACACCGACUUUCCCACCGAGCCAACCGACUCCUCCGACGCAAACCCUAACCCUCACAACCACUUCUCCACCUCCUCCUACAGCAACCCUUUCCUCCCCGAUACCUUCAAAAACAACUUCAAAGACUCCCUCAAGGACUCCCUCAUGAACUGGCGCGAUAACUACACCCCCUCCGUCGACGACGGCAACAACCUCACCCCUACCGUCGACACCGCCGAUGAUCUGACCGAGACGGACGCCGACCAGACCAACAACAACAACGGGGCGUUGGCGGAUGCGGCUUCGAGCGCCUCGACCAUGAACUCGGAGGAUCAGGGUCAGAGUCUCCCCCGGCCGUCCAAGAAUCCUCAGGGGUUCGUGUCUGGGUUGACGCAGCGGUUGGAGGAUACGUUGAAGGCGGCGUUUGAUAGUCAGGAUGAGUUGACGCUCUUUUAGUCUGCUUUGUUUGGGGGUUUUGUUCUCUUUUUUGAAUGGUUGGUGUUGAAUUGCAUUGAAUUUGGGUGUUACUGGUGUUGAUUUGCUGAUUAGGCGUUGGGAUAUCGGAGUCUGGGAUUAUUUCUGUCUUUAUUUUUUUCCCGCCUUUUGGGCUAUCUGGGUGUGUGUGGUUGGUGUUUGGAACAAAAGAUCGGAGAACUCAGGGUUACUAGUUUAUCGUGAGGGAUUGUUGGCUUUGGAUGGUGGAUGGACUUGUAGUAUAGAUAACUUGCAUAGAUAAGAUUCUGAUAGAUAAUAACAGAGCAGUCUGACUUAACA